AUGUCUGGUCUGAGCUCAUGGUGGGCGUCGUCCACCACCUCCCGGCGCCAUGGGACGAUACUAGUGCGCGAGCUUUCGGCUGGUGCAGAUGUGGACAAGUUGGGCUUCUGCGUGCCAUCGCUGCCUCCACAGCCGGUGGUCGUGAAACGCGUAGAGCCGCGAAGCUGGGCCGCGGCGCAGGAGCUUCGCGCGGGCGAUGUUCUCAUACAGCUGAACGAUGUGCCAACUUGCGAGAUUUCCAGCCAGCACUUCCUCGAGUCGAUGACGACCCGGCCGUUGAAUUUCAAGUUCGUAGUUAAUCCGCUGAGAUCCUCCCGCUCGCAGAAAAUGCGUGGCUCAAUUACAGAUGAUGAGGAUAGUGAGAGCGACGACGCCGCAAAAAGCGAUGCCGUCGAGGAUGGGGGCGACGACGAAGAGAUUCAGUCCCUGACCCCGCGAUCUGCCGAAAAAUGCCGGCGGAGCGUUUCCGAUUGGUAUGCAGAGGAGGAGAUCAUUCCCGACGACAGCCGGAAAAAGAGCCUGACAAGUUGGUACCUCGACGGGGCUCGAAUGCCGGACACCACGAGUCAGCUGACUGCCGUGCAUCGGAUGUCCCUCUCUGGAGCUGAGCCGUUGGAGACAGGUGAAGCCACUGAGCUGAGAAACAUGCUCCAGGCUGCUUUGUCUGAGGAGAACCUCGACGCCCUGCUCCUUGUCAUUGCCCGGGCUCAGUCACAAGGAAUCAUCGCCGAUGUCUUGGAGGUGGCCCAGCGCAAAGCUCAGGAGCUCCAAAGCCGACUCUUGGAGUCGCCCGUGCAGGCGGAGUUCUGA